AUGAUGUUUCUCAACUACCUCCUCAUCCUUCUCCUCCCCCUCCUCGUCACCGCAAUCCCACACUCAACCCCCGAUGAUUCCAAUAACACCGACACCGACAUUGAUACCAACACCAACGCCAACGACAUCCUAACCACCACCUCCAUCUUCAGCUCCACCAUCACUAAGCUGAAGAAUCUCCACCUCACUUCAUGCUCGCUCAACACCACCACUCUCAACAUGAACCACAACCUCACAACCCUCCCCACCCCAGCCACCAACCUCACCCUCCAGCACGUCGCCCUCGGCCGAGGAACCCAAAACUACACCUGCCCUUCACCUCAGAAUUCCACCAGCAAGCCCACCUCCGUUGGCGCCCUGGCCACCCUCUUCGAUGUCUCCUGCAUCGCCUCGGCCGAUGAGGAGCUUCUGCACCAUCUCCCUGCCCUCGUACAAGGCGUUCCCUUCGAGACGUUGGACUUCAUUGCCACGAUGAUCAGCCUGGCUGGAACGGGAGCGGGCAUUCUCGGUGAACAUUACUUUACGGGCUCUGGACACCCGUCCUUUGAUCUCAGGUUCAGUGGGGAUGACGAUUGGGCUACGAUGAAGAAGGUCGCUAGUGCCAAUGCUCCCAAGAGUGUGGAUGUGCCGUGGCUCAAGUUAGAUGGGAUUGAUGGAGUGGGAAUCAAGGAAGUUUUUCGUGUUUAUACAGCUGGCGGUGUUAGUCCGGCUACGUGCGCGGGACACGAGGGCACGUUUGAGGUGGAGUAUGCGGCGGAGUAUUGGUUCUAUGGAUGA